AUGAGCCAUGCCACUUCGUCCGCGGUGGACAACCUCCUAGCUGUCGCAGGUGGCAAGCUUCAAAGCUUGUGCGACGAAGUCUCACGGCAGGUGGCCGAGGAGCUCUCGAGGGCCUCCGCCGAGCUCGUGUCUCAGGUCGAGCGUAAGCUUGCAGGUGCCUCGCAGAUUCCAAGACAACAGUCGCUGGUCGCUUGGGCGGAGACCGACGAUGGCCGGAACACGCCCAAGAAGACAACCGGGUUCGUUCCCCAUGCUUGGACGGAGAGGCACAUGCGGACAGAUCAUUCAAGCAAGCUUUUGGAGGAGAUCCAAGAGUCCUUCGCAGAGUUGUGGUACGGACCAGGCCACAGCGAGAAGUCCGUUUUCCCGUCGGAUCAGGUCGACCCCCAAGGCGCCGAAAGCUCGUCGACCCUGGUUCAGGCGAUGUCGGAGGACUCUACGACGCAAGCGCGAGGUGAGAAAUCCCCCGCAGUCUCAGCACCGCGAGCCAAAUCGCGGUCAGGAAACUUCGCAGAUCAUGUCUUCGGCAUGAUCCCGAACACGGACGACAAAGCUCUUCCUUCGACUCACGGUUGCUGUCGGAAGAGGCUGCGGCGGCUCGUUCAGAAUCCAUGGUUCGACUGCUUCAUCAUGGGCAUGAUCCUGGUCCACACGCUGUCUAUUGGUGCCCAGAUCAAUCACUUGGCAGCUAUGGAGAGGACGGAUGGCGGAAGGUUCUGGCGCUCGAUCGACUUCUUCUUCUGCGUCUUCUUCGCCACAGAGGUCAGCAUCAAGCUGUACGUCUACCGGCUACGGUUCUUCACCAUGCAUGCCUGUGCGUGGAACAUCAUCGACCUGGUGCUCGCAAUUCUGCAAAUCGUGGAAGAGGUGAUGGCCCUGGCUGCUAGCAUCACUGAGGAGCCCUAUCAGAGCCUACGACUUGAUUUGAUGCGUGCUGUUCGCAUGAUGCGAGGCGUCAAGGUCCUUCGCCUGGUGAGGGCCGUUCGAUAUGCUGGCGACUUGCAGCUGAUCGUCAGCUGCUUGAUUCUGUCCCUUCGGACAUUUCUUUGGAGUGUCCUCCUCCUGGUGAUGACGAUCUAUGUCAUGGCUAUCUACAUUACGCAAGCUUGCAACAUCCGUCGAUUUGAGAAUCCGGAUGCCGACGGGAAUGACUUGCUGCAGAAAUGGUGGGGUGACAUCUUCAUUAGCAUGCUGUCUGUUUUUCAGGCCCUCAGUGGAGGAGUGGACUGGAACGACGUUUACCAGCCCAUCUUCAAGUAUGUCUCGCCGGCUCUGGCAGUCUUCUUGGUCGUGUACCUGGCAUUCUGCUACAUGGCGCUGCUGAACGUCAUUACGGGGACCUUCGUGGAGACCGUGGGCCGCCAGGCCAGCGAUUUGAAGAUCCGCACGCAGAUACUUCAGGCGCGGCGGCUGUUUCAGCAGAUCGACGAAGACCACUCUGGCUUCAUUUCACUGUCGGAGAUCCAGAACCAGACUGCCACGGCCGCGGUCGUGGAUUUCUUUGAGUCGGUGGACGUGGAUCCCUCGGAGGCACAGUACUUGCUGGAGGUCCUUGACAUGGAUGGGAGCGGCACCAUCAAUUUCGAAGAGUUCCUGCGAGGAACUUUGAGGCUGAACGGCUCCGCUCGGGCGGCAGACUUGCUGCUGGUGGCUCGUGAGAUGAAGAGGUUCUUUGUCCACACCGCGGCCGAGAUGGACGUGAUCAAGACUCAGCUGGCUGGAUAUGGAGCUCAACAUCCCAGCGCUUCAUGA